AUGGGCUCGGAAAAGCCGGCAGUGUUGAUCAUCGGGGGCUUAGGCUUCAUUGGCAGACAUACUGCUCUAUAUAUUCACGAAAACAACUUAGCCUCGGAGCUGCGUAUUGUCGACAAGGUGCUGCCACAAUUGGCAUGGUUGGCCCCCGAAUUCGAGAAAGCAUGCUCUAAAGAGCACUUUGUACAGGCCGAUGCUGGCCAGGAACAGGCAUUUCCUCGCAUUUUUGACCGAGCAAAUGGCAAACAAUUCGACUAUGUGAUCAACUGUGCUGGCGACCCUCGCCACUCGCAACCCGAAGAGGUUUACCAAUUCCGAAACCACGACAUGUCGCUGGCGCUAGCCAAGGAAAUAGUCAAACGAAGCAUUCCUGUUUUUGUCGAAUCGGCAACCGCAAUGGUGUACAAGAGUGGUUCCAAACCUAACAAGGAAGAUGACAAGACAGCCCCCUGGCACAAUCUCGCUAAAUGGAACCUGAAAGUUGACGAAGACCUUGCAAAGAUCCCUGAGCUCAACUGGGUUGGUCUACGAUUUCCGCAUGUGUAUGGUGAAUAUGACCGGCGCUAUUUUUCUAUUGGUCUCUGUCUCGCAAGAACGCACAAGUUUCUCGAGCGGGAACUGGAAAUGCUCUACUCGAAAGAUCUAAAGGUCAACACAGUAUACGUCAAAGAUGCCGCACGCGCUCUGUGGACUGCCGCGGAAUGGCGGGCAAGCAAGGGCAAUGACUCCACCGUUCCCAACGUGUUCAACGUAGUUGAUCACAACGACACAUCUCAGGCACAAAUCGGCCAGGCUCUCUCAGAAAUCUUCGACAUAAAGGUUUCUUUCUUGGGAACCUUGGUAUCUCAGCUGGCCAAGCUUAGCCUUGACGAUGUUAUCGAGGAACUGAACGAGGAGAGUUUACAAGUUUGGGCUGAACUACUGGAAGAAAAGAAAAUUACCCGGGCUGGUCCCAUCAGCCCGUUCCUAGAGAAAGACUUAAUCAAGGACCAGGAUCUGUACAUUGAUGGUAGCCUGUUUGAAACAACCACUGGUUUCAAGCCAGAAUGGCCAAACUUUACCGUUGACUCACUCCGAAAUAUGAUUGCGAGUUAUGAGCGGAUGGGUUGGUGGCCAUAA